CACUCUUGGAAUCUAACACACUUCAUCGUUCACUGGUCUUGUUCUGAUGGUUUAUCUUAUGCGGUCAAAUAUCGCUGCUUAUCUGGACGUGAUGGAGCCAGCAUGUCAAGCAGGCGCCCUCCCCCCUCAUGCCUGCUCGCAGAAUGACUAUCCACCAUCAUACACAACCAAAACUGUAGCGAAGACAGCAAGAUGAUAGUCCACGAAAGCUUCCUUUGAGUUGACUACCGAGACUGUCUACAAUACAAUGCGUUCUUAUCCAGGCACAAACUGCCUCACGACGUCCGAAAUCCAAGCAGCCACUCAACAUUGGAUGCCAUGUGUUCUUAUCCUGCUGCCCAUCUACCUCCAACUCCCACCGCCAAGAUCAGCAAGACAAGUUACGUCCUCCACCGUUUCCACACCCUCCAAGGAAUCAUCAACCCAAUAUCCACUAUAUCAUCCAAUCUCGAAGCCAACAUACCAAGGACAGACGAAAACCCAUCAUUUUAUUCGCAAGAUUCCACGCCUCCUCUCUUCGCAGAUGAUAAGCGGAGACCUGGACAUUAGAAUCAAAGAUGCUGUCGAGCUGUGGGUACUGUUGUGCGAUACUCCAGAAUCUGACGGAAAGCACGUGUUGGGGUGGUGCGAGGAGCGAUUCAGGAGAUGCGGCGAGGGGAUUCUAAGUAUUGUCAGGUGGUGCGAGAGUGCACUGGUCACAUUGAAAUGAAACCCGAGACUGUCAAGUCAGAACAGCGUAAAUCUUGAAACCUGAUGUCCUGAA